AGGCUCCCGGUUGCCGCAGCGCGCAUGCUCGGCGCAGGCGCCAUUUUGGCAGGGCCGGGGAUCAACCAAGCGGGAGCCGCGGUGGCGGUGGCGACGGGUGGCGGAGCUCGGCCCGGCUCAGAGGCGGCGGCGGCGGCGGCGGCGGCCUGGGGUUGGCGGAGCCCGCUGCGGAGAUGGCCAACAUCGCGGUGCAGAGGAUUAAGCGGGAGUUCAAGGAGGUGCUGAAGAGCGAGGAGACGAGCAAAAAUCAGAUUAAAGUAGAUCUUGUAGAUGAAAAUUUUACAGAACUAAGAGGAGAAAUAGCAGGACCUCCGGACACACCAUAUGAAGGAGGAAGAUAUCAACUAGAAAUAAAAAUUCCAGAAACAUAUCCAUUUAAUCCUCCUAAGGUGCGGUUUAUCACCAAAAUAUGGCAUCCUAAUAUUAGCUCAGUCACUGGGGCUAUAUGCUUGGACAUCCUAAAAGAUCAAUGGGCAGCAGCAAUGACUCUAAGGACAGUGUUGUUAUCACUGCAGGCACUCUUGGCAGCUGCAGAACCCGAUGAUCCACAAGAUGCAGUUGUAGCAAAUCAGUACAAACAAAAUCCAGAAAUGUUUAAACAGACAGCUCGACUCUGGGCGCAUGUGUAUGCUGGAGCACCAGUUUCUAGUCCAGAAUACACCAAAAAGAUAGAAAACCUUUGUGCUAUGGGCUUCGAUAGGAAUGCAGUAAUAGUGGCCUUGUCAUCAAAAUCUUGGGAUGUAGAGACAGCAACAGAACUACUUCUGAGUAACUGAGCCAUGUGCAGAGAACUGCUUCUGUAGUCCAGCUUACCCUUUCUCGAGGAGCAGCACCACCAUCUCUUAUUUUUAGGUUUCUAUAUAGAUUCUCUUUUAAAACUGGCAUUCUUGCCUGAUGCUAUCUAGGCACUAUUGGAGACUGAAAAAGAAACAUGCUCUGUAAAUAAAGCUAAUUAAACGUCUGUGUAAAUUUAAAAAAAAGAGGGGGAAAUACUUUAAUUUUUUCUUACUAAAUAUUGUAAAUUCCUUGAGCUUGGCUAAAACAAUGGGGGACAACAUGCCUACUUUAGAGUUAGCGGUGUGACCAAGACUAGCAGGAAUUUGUGUCAGGAUUUUGAACUUUAAGAAUUACUCAGAACCACGUCACUUGAUUGUAUCCAUAGUCAUCAGUUGUUGAUGUCACUCAUCCCAGCUACCUUAACCGUUUUUUAAAAUGGAUCCUGCGUGCCUGUGGACUGACCUUGUAUUUGCAUGCUUGUACUUUACUUAGACAUUUAAAAAACAAAAAAGUAGGGUAAACUGAACAGAGCACCCUUUUAAGUACUUGACUAUUCAUUCUUGUAACUUUUCCUAAAAACUUUCCGGACGUGCUCAUCGUUCAAAAGGAUGGCCUACUCAGAAAUGUUUUCACCGCCCGAUGAUGAAUAGCAAUCCCACGCCUCUUCCUUUCCCCUUCCCCCCCCACCCCCACCCAUACGCCCAGCUGCACACGCAACUUACAAUAUCACACUAGAACCUCUCCAGAAUUUUGUGGGUAUGUGCCAUUUAAAGUAGCCUAGCUUUCCACUCCAGGUGGUAUAUUUUGAAUAACCAGUAAAAGUGUUUCAACCAUUGUAAUUUCUACACUAUUGUAUAAAGGUUUGGUAUAUUUGGACAUAGCACAAACAAGUGGAGCUGCUCUUUUGUUUCUUACGCAGAAAUCAAACCUCUUCCAAUAAAUUCUGGAUAGAAUGAAUUUUGCUGGGAAGAACUGAUUCUCUGUUAACUCUGAGAAUGCCACCGUUUUCUCCAGUAUUUGCUGUGGUGCAAUCAGAUUUUUGGUAAUAGCUUCCUAGUCGAAUUUUGGACAUAAUUUUGGGUAGGGGUUGCUUAUAAAGAGUUUUAGAUGUCCCUCUCUGCAUUUUCCGUGGUUUGACACUUGGAAGUCGUCUUCUUUUUAAUUGUACAUAUGUUAAAAGCCAGUAGAAGUCUCUUCUGAAUUGAUGUCUGCUAAAACACUUGUAUAUAGUCCAUCUUUUUAUUCAUCCCGAGAGAUCUAAAACCUCUGAAUCAUUAGUUUUAUAAACUCCGAACACUCAUAUCUUUGUUGGAAGUUACAAUAUCUUUACGGAACUGCAUCAGUUACUUCUGAGCUAAAAUGCAAAGAUAUGAGGGCACAGUCGGAGGAUGAUAUCAAGUGCGACUACAGUGUUUUGCUUUCCGAUAUUUCUUCUGUACAGUAGAUAGGAAAGUAUACAGUCCGUUUUGAAGAUCAGACAGUGGACUACGACGACUCCAUCACUCCUUCUGCUGAUCAGUCAUGUAACAAUAACCGUCAAGCAUCUGAUGCAAAAUAGAGAAAUUGAAGAGAUGGGCGUAAGCUUAACCAAUCGCAGGGUUUGUUUUCUGCAGCAAUCAAAGCUUAUCCAUGACUUCCAAGUUACUGGGACACACACACACACGGGGCGGGGGGGGGGAUGAUAUGGAUCUCUUUGCAUCCAGUUUACGCAUUUGGUGAUAGUUGCUUUCUUUUUUCUUUUUCUUGCAGUCAUGUAAAUCACUUUCAAAUGCCAAAGGAAAUGUGAUCUCUCUCCUUUUUUUGUCAUUCCUUGAUAUUUAUUUAUUUUUUUUAACAAGCUGCUGCUGCUGCUCAAUGAGUUUGUUGAAUAAUAACCGGGGGCCACCGUAGCCCCGGUGAUCUGCCAUUUGUGUUUGUACUUUUUAAAAAAUGGUCGAUAUAUUAUGAGUUCCUCUGCAACAUUGUUUACCCUGGUGGUAAUUAUGUAAAUGGCUGUUGGAUUACAUUUUCCCUUUGUUCUUUGCAGUUCAUUAAAGGAAAGAAUGCGGAAGUGCUUAAGAGGGGAUAACACGUCUUUCUGCUUUUCCAUCUGGAUAAUGCUAAUCCUUCUAGGGAAGCUUUCUGUGAUUGUGUCAAAUGAGACCAGGAAGGCUUUGAACACAGGAGAAAAGGCUUAUGCUGAACCUCAUAGUUCUGGUUUUUCCCUUGGUUACAGAACUCGUGUGUGUCUGUGUACACACACAGAUAAUUGUACAGGUGCUAAGUUUCUUCUUUUACGGUUCUACUAAUGGCAAUAGGUUUGCCAGCUCAUCUGAGUGUAGAGGUUUCUCAGGAGUCAGAAAGCCCUACACUGAGUAGGAAUCUGUACCUUGAGGUUAAUGGCAAAUUGGGAAGCCGAGUGUCAAUAAAAGGGCGUAACGGCACCCAGAAUCACUAACUGCCACUGAGUUGGCUUGGGACUGAUGUAUAUUCAGUAGGCAGACCUUCAUAGAGUGAGUGUGAAAAGUUGACUGUACCCUUAUUGUUGUGGCCUAUAUACCUGUAGUGAAGGAACUGCCACUGUCUCUGCUCAUUCUCCCUAUUCACUGAUGCUGUGAAAUCUUGUCAGUUGUAAAGAUGGUCUCAAGAGACCCCGUUUCUGGGAGUUUUAAACAGCCUGUUAUAUUUUGUCUUGCAAAUCUGUUGGAACGGAUUGGUAUCUUUGGGUACCGAGAAGAAUCUCGCUUUCUGUGAUUUCAAUAAACGCUUACCUUAUUAUGGAGGCAAGAGAGAGGAUACACCCUUGCUAAGUCGUUGUCAGUGCCAACUCCCCCCCCCCAACUUAACUGGGUCCCCAGCAUCCCUACUAGAAAGUCAAAUCCACAACUCUUAAUCGGUUAUCUCCCUUCUAUCCAGCUGCCACUAAUACUGUUAGUAAAUGAAAAUGCAGGCUAGCAACUUGCGCAUUAUCAUUUUACAUUCCAGCUGCUCCUGGCUGCAGAGAGGUGAGGCUUUUCAGAAGCAUUUAAUCAAUGGAAAGGUUACAGUGGAAGUUACGGAUCGGCUGGGUUUAAAUACCGUGGUGUGAGUUUGUUUCUGGCUUAAUCUUCAAUUGGUCCAUUUAAAAGAGGAAGUACCUUGGGUACAAAACUACAGCCAGCCUUUCUGAUGAAAAGAAAAAUGAGGUGGCUGAAGGGGGUCUUUGCUCUGUUUGAAGACAAAUCAUGCAGAGGCAAGUUAAGAACACCUAACCUUUAGAAGAAUACCUAACCUUUAGGGGGGAAAAGCUACAUAAAGUCACUUAUUUCUCACUAAAUGGAGAUAAUUGGAUUUUUCGUCGGAAGAACGAACUGUGCACCUUGGUUUCAUUAGAACCAAAAAAAAAAAAAAUCUUACAACUUCAUUUUUGUUGAACCUGGCUAGAAUACACAGCACCUCUUCAAGAAGAGGCAUGAAAGCAAGGCUUCUUCUGAACUGGCAGGUAUCCUUCACAUUGGAUGGAUUAAGUCUACCAAUCCUUCCUCAGCAAAGUGGCUUUUGUACCUACUAUGAAUGGAACAGGACUUUCUGAAGACCCACAAACCGUGAUGGGCUCCAGCCCCCCUCACACUUCUGCCAGCUAUACUGUU